AUGAAUGACAUGGCGACGCACCCGGGCCACUACUCGGAGCUGGUGGAAGCCUCCCUGGGCACCAGCUCUCUGGCCACAGAUGAGAUCGAGCGCGACCUGCACCGCUCCCUCCCCGACCACCCGGCCUUCCAGAGCGACACGGGCAUAUCCGCCCUGCGCAGGGUGCUCACCGCAUACUCCUACCGCAACCCCAAGAUAGGCUACUGCCAGGCCAUGAAUAUCCUAGCGUCCAUGUUACUGCUCUAUGCCAAGGAGGAGGAGGCCUUCUGGUUGUUGGUAGCGGUGUGUGAACGGAUGCUGCCUGAAUACUUCAACCGCAGGAUCAUCGGUGAGAUAUACAAACCAAAUGUUACUGAACACGCAUUCAUCGCCUCUCAACACUUGUCAUUACUCAACACUUGUCAUUAGCCGUAGUCAUUUUACUGUCUUCGGGUUUGCCUAGUUUACUUUGUUACGUCUCGUGUUUAUGUGUAUGUCUCUGAAUGUGGUGCUGUGGUAGACUGUGGCAUCUGUAAGGACUAACGUAGUGAAGAGUUAUUUUGGUCCGUGUUGGGCAGAACCUAAUGUGUUACUAUAAUAUAAUAAUAGUGCAAUAUGUGAUGGUGGACCAUUGCUUCAUUCAAUACUAUAGGAAAUGGGGAAAUGCUGUGCUGCAGUUCUCUCUCAGUGUUGCAGGGUAGUAACGUAAAGUCUUGUAAUAUUGUGGUGUUUGCAUUGUUAGGCUCUCUGGUAGACCAUUGCGUCUUUGAGAGCUAGUAGCAGGGGGGUUGGGGGGGGCACUGUGGCGCAGCGCGCUAAGCCCACCACAUUUGGGCUUGCAUGCCCAAGGGUUGCACCCAGGGUUCGAAUCUGACCUGGGUCAUUUGCCAUCCCUACCCCGUCUCUCUCUCACAUUCGCUUCCUGUCGCUCUUCACUGUCCUAUCUGAAAUAAAGGCGAAAACGCCCAUAAAAAUACAUU